UCCAUCUCGUUUCAAUGUUUUGGGUUUGUGCUUUAUGCAAGUUGCACCGGUGCAGAGAGCGAGUGUUUCAUCCUGUGCUAUGAUUAAAGUCAGAUAAGAAUCGACCAACGUUGCUCCCCUCUGUAAGAAAAACAUUUAAUUUGCAGUGGUGUCUGAAUAUUGACACCUCUCAGCUGCCCAUCUAUCAACUCUCGGUGUAACGGAGGAAAUUGAACCCCGUCAUGUUUAAUCCACACAUCCAUCAGCAGCAGCAGCAACAACAGCAGCAGUUUCACCAGCACCUGCGGCAGCUGCAACACCUUUUUCAGCAGCAGCCUCCGCCCCCACCUCCUCCGCAGCCGCCUCCUGGGCAUCAUGUCCCCCAUCACCACCACCAGACUCCCCGAGCCAUCCCUGUUCCUCCCCAGACCGCCCCUCCUCCCAGGAUGGUUAACCUGUGCCAGGCAACCCAGACCACCAUCAUCGCCCCUAAUCCCAUGCUGCAGGGGGCCCUGCUGAUGCAGCAGAUGCAGGGUAAAAUGCGCAGUUUUGGGAUGGGUGGGCAGCAGUUCCGACAGUUCUUCGCAGCUGGAACCCGGUCAUCCCUGCUCGGGCCUGUUCCAAUGGGUAUGGCAAUCAAGACGCCGAUGAUGGGCUUCCCAGCUGCUCGAAUGUUUCACCCACAUGGUCGCUAUCACAAUAACAACGCCACUGCCAGCACAACAGCUUCCUCCUCCUCGUCGUCGUCCUUCUCUUCCACCUCUACCACAGACGCAGCUCGCCAGCCAGACAGGAAGAGAGACAACGAGCAGAUGGCAGUGGGGAGCUCAGAUGACCAACAAGCAACAACUAGCACCAAUGACACUACAGACAAGACUGACACGGAUGGUACAGUUGGAGGAACGGAUGGACCCACACAGCCGUCUGAGGAGCAACCUGAAGAGCCAGUAGUGAAAAAGAUAAGGACAGAGGGGUCAGAGGGGCCUAAAGGACAGGAUAUCGUUGAGACUUUGACUAUAUCAGACACAGAAGGGGAUGCUCUCUUCUCAGAAUGUAUCAACAACACAGAGGACAGCCAGCCCCAAGACUUCAGCAUUCUGGAGGAAGGAGGCUCUGCAGGGGGGUCAGAUGUUACUGAGAGGUUAGAAGAGAGCAGAGCUGCAGAGAUGCUCAGCUGUUUGUCGGCUGCAUCCGCAUCUGGGCGCCUCAGUGAGGACUGCCAGCAGGUUGAUUUACCAGCAGAGGAAAUGCCAGACGUCAAAGAUGCUCCUUUGGCAUCACCAGACAACCAAGAGGAAGGAGAGGAAGGUGUAGCUGACGGGGCUAACAAAUUCUACUGCUACCUCUGCGGGAUUACCUGCCACAACCAGCAAAACUUCAGGAGUCAUAUGAACAGCAUGUCCCACCAGCAGAGGAUGAUGGAGAUCCAACACAUGAGCAACGCUUGCCUCGUCACUCUGCUGCCACGAGUGCAGGAGUCUCUACAGGGAGCGAUUAAAGACGGAGAGAAGAAAGCAGGUAAGAAGCACUGGUGUGCCACCUGUCACACCCACUUCACCUGUAGCAUCACAGACCACCGUCGCACCGAGGAGCACAAACUCGCCAGUCGAGCAGCCGUCUCCUCCUGCACGAUCUGCAAGAAACAUUUCAAGACCUCACAGAUCUUUGUGGAGCACCUUCAAUCCCAGGAGCACAGACUAAAAGUGGAGAAGCUCCAGGAACAGGAGGGCUGCGAGGCUUUGGGCAACCUGACUGCCACGGACACAGACGGCUUCUCUUUAGACGAGGUGGAGGGCAGUGAGGUGGAGGAGGGGGAGGAAACACAGAGGGAGGAAGGAGAACAAGAGGGCUCUGAAGUACAGGAUGGCUGGUCCUCCAUUAAAGAAGUGACUCUGAAGAAUAUGAGCAGUGAUGAGCAGUAUGACCCCGACACAGUCUAUGGAUCCAAUUUUUUUGUCCCGGUUGCAGGUUUCAUCUGCAGACUCUGCAACAAGUUUUACCACUUUGAGUCGUCUGCCCUGCACAGCCACUGCAAAUCACUGACGCACUUUGAGAACCUCAAGAGGCACAAAGAUUUUCUAAGUCAAAAGAGUGAAGCUGCUGAAUCUUCAAAAGGAUCUCUUCUUGCUGCAGACAGCCUCAGGUCUUUGAAGGAUAUCACCACAGACUGCUUGGAUGGGAUUCCUCUCUUUGAUGACACUAGCUCAGUGACUGACAUAAACUCCAUGCAGGCUUCUGUCGCUCUCAGCCCACUGAACAGGCAAACAGGAAACCAGCAACACACACAGCAGGCAAGCCAAGACUCCACCUCAGCGACCAGCACUGGCAGCAUGGACCAAGACCUCGGCCUUCUGAGCACAGAGGAAGAGACCACUGCGCCGCUGGAUUCUGUAGCUCAGGAGAGUCUAGCUGAGUCCAGAGAGGAGGCAGAGGAGGAGGUAGUUGCUGCUGAUACGGGGAAAAAGAACAGUGCAGAGAAAGCAAAAAACACAUCCAAACGCAGGUCAGGGAGGGCCGCAAACAGACGCUGACAGAUGUGGGAAAAAGAAGGAAACCAGGUAAACGGGAAAGUUUGAUCGGGAUGUUUCCAUCUGUGAGGGGGUGCUGUCAUGGUACAGAGACCAAGAAGUGAAAAGCCCUGCCUCUGUCUGUGUGUUUGGAGGUUAAGACUGAUCACACAGCAAUUAAUAGGAAAUGAAAUGAAGGUGAAUACAGUGGAACAUGACGUCUUAUGAUAGCAGCUCUCUCAGGGUGGGAAAUUAACACACAGCAGCUUUUAAACACUGAAAAAUCAGUGGAAGUGGGUACAUUUCUUAGUACAAAAUCCUUUUUAGAAGAAGAUGUUCUAAUUUUAAGCCUAACAAUUAGAAUCCUGCAAUUUAAAUAGCACUUUCCCUUCCAUAACAUCCCUCAAACUGCAUUAAUGUAGCCUAAAUGUCUCAUUUUUAAAAUAUAAAAAGACCCUAAAUCUGUCAUCAAGAAGAUUACCUUAUUCUGUUGUAAAUACUGUAGUAUCAGUCCCAAAAGAAAAAGGAAAUGGUGUGUGACUGUAAAUAAAAACAGUAUGUAUCAAUUUGCAUAAACAUUAAAACUAGAUAUUUAAGAAAAUCCAACUAGGUCAAUAAACUUAAGGAAUUAAAGGCCCUGGUCAUCUUAGCGACCCAAAAAACUUACAUUGUAUUGGUAAAUCAUGACUCUGUCCCAAAUUUUUUGAAACAUGUCAACAUAAAAAAACAAAAGCGGUGACAUUUCUCAAUUUUUGCAUUUGAUAUGUUGUCAUUAGGCUUUUUUUUAAUCAAAUAAUUGGGUUUGAUCAUUUGCAUCUCAUCCCAUUCUGUCUUCAUUUGCAAUAUUCAUGCCUUUUAAUGAUUGGGAUUUUUAAAGUAAAGUCUAAGAAGGAUCUGGGUAUAUAGAUCAUUAACAGUGGAGAAGUGACACAGCCACAGAAUUUUGAAAUAAGUCGUAAAAUGUUUCCCAGAUAAUGAACCACACCAACUUGUUUGAUCCGGGGACUUUCCUUCCAGCACCACCAACAAGGUUAAAUGUGAUUGAGGGGAAAUUUCUUAACAGCUUCUGGAGGUAUUGCUAUGAAAGACACUCCACAGAAUUUACAACCCUGACAGGAUGUAGUCCCCUGAAUUCCCGUCACUAUCAAACAUCAUAGUUAAGAUAAAGAUUUCAGUUUUUUGUGUACUUUAAUGUCCAAGUACAUGCACAUUUUAAAGAUUUCCCUUAUUUGCUGUGUUUGACACUAAUUAGUUGUUAGCAUACUGACAUACAAAUAUGGUAGAAUUCUAAUCUAUUUAUGAAAGAGCAGAUUUUGAAGGUGUGGGAUUAGAUUUUCAUUUUAAAAGUGUUUGAGCAGUAUUGACCAAUCUUAUGCAGGAAAAUAGUCUGUUUGGAGAGCUAAAAUAGCUUGGGGGACAUCCUAAAGCGUUCUCUCUAAUGCAGCUUCCUUUGAACCAAGUAAAAAUGUGCAUACAUGCGCUCAGUGUUGCAGGUAACAUGUUACAAAGUAAUCUGUUGACAUAUUUAGAUUACUUUUUUGUUGUAACAAGUAUUGUACCAUGUUAGUUUUACAAUUGAAGUAAUCUGUUAUUGGGUCCCUUUUCAUAAAAGUAAUCUGUUACUGAAAGAAAAUUCCCCAAUUUGCUUUCUCCUCUGUGCCCAAAAAAAAGAGAGAAGAAGAAGAAGAAGCUCCUCGAAGCAUCUGCACUGUUUUUCCUUCUUUAUUUCUUGUAUGUAAGCAGCAUAAGGUAAACACAGCUGUGCCAGUACGCUCACGUUGCUAGCUUAUUGAGCUAGUGAGAUGGCAGAGAGGACAGAUUUAUACCGUGGACUUUUUUUCCCCUGUAUGUUGGGUUUUUGGAUGAAGAGACAAGAAUAGCAUCAUGGUGUAAAAGCUCUCGUUUUAUCUGCAUUGAAUCAGCUGUUCAGAGUUAUGAACUCUGCCCAGGUUGUUAUUGGUGUUAUCAGGCUGCAGAGAUGCAGACUAUGGGCCGUAAAUCAGGCCUUGCAAUGACAAAAGAGUCAAUACAUUUAAAGGCAGAUGUGCUUUCGUAUGUUGUUUUUACAACCAACAAGCGGAACAAGUGGUUGGAGGGUCUGAAUGUUUGGGAAUGCAGAAUAGCUCUAAUGUAUUAGCUUUACAAGUAGGUAACGCAGUGUAAUGAAUUACUUCUCUCAGUAUGUUAGGCAGUAAUCUUAAAAGUUAGUCUGAAAAGUAAUGCUAUACAACAUGGCAUGUGCUGUUGAAAUCUGCUCUGAUAGGGUUUUAUUGCUUUUUGAUUGUAAACAAACUAAAGCAACUAAAAGAAAAAAAGAUAGUCUCAACUGAAAGUCAGCUAAAACACUAAAUCCUGGCUACAUUGGAACUACCUAAGAAUGUUGUCAGUAGCUUCAAGGAGCUAUCUACUUGUCAAAAGUGUUGCGAUACUGGUAAAUACUAUUUGUUAUAAAUGCAAUUAAGAUGAAUCUCCAUGCCCAGCCUCACAAGGUUGCUGGCUGGCUGAAGGUUUGAUCAUAUAUAAGCUAUAAUAUAAAAGUAUCCUAAAUUUGAAAACACUGAUUUAAAAUAAUUUAAGCUAUAGUCAAUGUGGAGUUUUUGAAGGUGAAGUAUGGCAUGUCUUAGACCAGGGGUGUCCAAACUUUUUCCACUGAGGGCAUACUGAAAUAAAAAAGGAUGGAGGGACCACUUUCGUAUACCAAACCUUGAGGUUAUGAAAGUCCAUAAAAGCAAUUUGAUAUAGGUUAAAACAUUCUUAGUGAUUGUGAGUCCUCACAAGGCAAAUAGCCAAUCAAUUCAAGGACUGGGGAGGCCAAUGAGAUUUCAGGGGGCCCUGGUUGGCCCUGGCUACCACUGACUAUGCACCUGGAAUGCAAUUGGUGCUGCCAUUUUCUGUGGUAAUUAAUUAGAAAUUAAGAUAUUAUUUCUUUGGUGGCUGAUAUGUUACUGCUAUCUACAGUGUCUUCUUAGUUUAGUCACAAAUUUAAAAAGCUCAUCAAGAAAUUCUUCUUGUCAAAAUGUUUGUUCACAGAAUUAGCAUGGUAGCACCACCUAGUGCUAAACGUGAGAAGUACAUUGCAGCCAAGCAAAAGCUUCAUGUUCUAAUGUGGGCCAAAUUUUACUAUAUCUUAUAAAUUUGCUGUGGGUCAGUCGAAAGUGGACCUCGGGCUGCAUUUGGCCCGUUUUUGGCCAUAGUUUGGACACCCCUGUCUUAGACAAAAAGAAAUGAUAGGGAGUAAGAAGAAAGCUGUUGUCUUUCAUUGAGAAGCGGAGUACACCCUAGACAGGUCACCAGUCAAUCAUAAGGCUGACCAAUAAAACAUUCACUCUCAAAGUCACACCUAUUGGCAUUGUAGAGUCACCAAUUAACCCAAAUGGCGUUGAUUUCUUUUUUAAACAUCUGAGGCCUACGCCCAAUUAGUUAAUUUCCCACCCUGCAGUGUCCUGAAGGAUGAAGAAGUCACUGAAUGUUGAUUGUAAGCUUUUGCUAACUCUCCAGCUAGCUAGUUGAACAAUUGUUCAAAACAUAAAGCAGAGACAUCUUCAUCAUAGCUUAUCGCUCAAAACUUAGCAACCCGAGAAGUACAUCAUAACCAUCAUCAAGUGUUUGAGCAGGUGGAAACUUUAAAAUAGGUGUUACAAUUCAAUUUGAGUGGAAUUUUGAAUCUCAUAGCUUCGUUCUGGGCAUUUUAUCAUUAUGUGUUAUCUUUUUCCCACUUUUUUAAAAUCAUUUGUAGAUGAAGCUGGCAAAAAAUGUUGCGUUUGUGGCCUCCCUGAAACACCGCCACUCACAUUUGAUUUAUUCUGCUGGUGGCAGUUUGAAAGAUACAAGUUUAUGUGAAGUGGGGUCUCAAGGUGGAAAUUAACCUUGGAGCUACCAUCGGUGAAACAGUCCUAAAACCAUUUUACAUUCACACAAAGUUUAGAGAAAAGAAAACUUUUGGGGGGGGGGGGGGAUCUGCAGGCAGACAUCUGCCUCAACAAGACCAGAAACUUAAAUUAAAGCUCCUGUGAGGAACUUUUUUGAUUUUGGCACCCUCUGUGGACAGAGUAGUUAUUGUAAUCUCUUAGCUGCUUUUACUCUGUGCAUCUGUGUGUAGUGUUCUGUGUUAAAAAAUCUCAUUCUACUUUAUUAUAACAGCCGCAUUAAUCAUGCAUAGUAAAUCCUUGCCAUGGAAAAUUGUUCUGCACCUCGCUGCCCAUCUCUAUGUCUGACAUCUACCCCUCUGCAGCUUUUAAUGGCAUUAAUAUUACAAUAUAAAAAGUGUCAUAAUUUGGAGGCAUGACUAUCAAUUUCACUAUGAUUUACAACCAAGUAAAGUCCUCACAGGAGCUUUAAGAAUGGUCUCCAGCUCUUUAAAGAGUCUGUAUUUACAAAAGACUGCAGUCAGUCUGAGUUUUCUUUUACUUUUAUGAUUGAAAGCUUGCAAGGGAAGGAUUGUUUAUGCUGCUUUAAGAUUAAAAGACUCGAAAGUUCUUUUUCUACUUCCUUAUAGGACCCUAAACUCUGACUUUUUAGCUCAGAACUUGUAUAAAAAAACAAUUUGUGUAGAGUGGUUGUUUUGGAACAUCUCGACUAAUGUAUCUACAUUUAGGGGGAGAAGUCAAUUAACUUUAAAUGCUGUUAGUGUCUAUAGUUGCUCAUUUUCCUCCAGUUAACUAUUGCGUUGAUUCCUCAUCAUUUUAUUAGCAAUACACUGGACGGAUCAAAUAAAAGAUGAGGUGAUAGAAAGAGAGGGGUCAGUUAUGUAUCAGAUGUAAGCAAUUUUAAGCAGCUGCUGCUUAAAACAAAGCAUGAAAGUGUUUAACUUUGGGUCCAGCAUUUCAUUUGUCAUAAGGCUUAAAUACAGAUUCAUCACUUCUGUUUUUCAUGACUAGUCUUCUUUCCUGGAAACUUUUCAUCUUGGUUAUUAGAGAAGGAUAUUUCAAUCCACUGAAGUGGUUUGCGGAUUCAUGUAGCAACUCUUGGUAGUGAUGGUGGUGAUUGUCACAUGAUAGGAAACACAUCAUGGUCUCUCUGAAGGAAAAAAAAGACAUGAUGGAAAAAAUGUACCUGUUAGAUCCCAACGGAAGCAAGGAGGGGAGAGAAAAUUACAUGUAAAAUAUAAUUUCAAACAAAGCUGUAUGUUUCUUAUUGUAUUUUUAUUCAGCUACUGACAAAUUAAGAAGAACAAACAGUGAUGUUUUCUAACUGCUGGAAGUUUAAUGUAUUUUUGGAUGUUUGUUUUCUGUUUGGGGGGUCAUUUUAAUUUAUAUUAAAAUGUCUGAUAAUUCCCACAC